AUGGCAAUGGCAUUUGCCCUAGGUCGGAGAAGAAAUGCAACAAAUCUUCAUUCCUUGUCAACCCUACCUAAAAAUGCUAUUAGGUUAUACCAGACAUACAAGGAAGACUUUGAGAUUGAAUCUUGCUGUUUUAGUUUUGAAACAACACCACCUAAUCAAUUUGAUGAUUCUGGCGCUGGUGGUGGUGUUGGUGAUGGGGUUGUACUGACGAUGCGAGAUACGCUUCAAUCGAUGUUAAGAACAACUGCAGAAGAACAAGUUUCAAAAGUCUUGUCUACUGCUUCUCUUCUUAAUCCUUGUGGUAACAUUUUAAACUCAUUCCCACGCGUAACUGUUGGUUACCAUGGAAAGAUGGAAAAUUUUGGUGCACAGAGGGGAAGUGGCGGUACUCGGAUUAUUUGCACACCAAUACGGCCACUCUUCCCUUCAGGAUUCUACCAUGAUGUGAAAGUAAUUUCAAGAGUACUAUGUUGCAGCGAGCAGCAAGAUAUAGAUGUAUUAGCUGCAAACGCAGCAUCUGCAGCUCUUAUGUUGUCAGAUAUUCCUUGGGGAGGCCCGAUUGGAGUUGUACGAGUAGGAAGGCUACAAGGAGAAUUUGUUGUUAAUCCCGUGAAGUCUGAACUUGCUUGUUGUAAUAUCGACUGGAUUUAUGCUUGUACUCGAGAUAAGGCGCUAAUGGUAGAUAUACAAGCUCAGGAGGUAACACAAGAGGAUCUUGAACUGGGGCUAAGGCUAGCACAUCAAGAAGCUGAGGGCACUGUCCAUCGAAUAGAGAGCUUGGCAGAAGCACCAUUUGAAGCUGCACAUGAUUCUGCUGCGUGUGAUCAGAAGAGUAAAGGUGAAGAAUAUUUGGCAAAAAUUACUGGAGAUGCAAAAAGAUUACUGGAGGUAGAGGAAUGCGAUGAGUGGAAAGCGAAGCUGCUACGUUCACGUAUGGUCAACAAACUACGGAAAAAGAUUUUCCAUAUAUGGAAUGUUGAGAAUGGUGUAAGACUUGAUGGGAGGCGCUUUGACGAAGUUAGACAAGUAGGUUGUGAAUCCAGUGGAAUGUCAGGAUUACAAGGUUCAUCAUGUUUUGCUUGUGGGAGGACUAAGGUUUCAUGCACGGUGACACAAACAAGACCAGGAACAGAUGAAGCUGGACCUCAAGCUGGGCUUGUAGACCAUCUGAACUAUGACAACCCUAUUCGUUAUCCCGGAUACUUGUACAAGACUCGACCCUUUAGGAUUGAGGGAGACUGGAAAAAGUGUAGUGACAAAAGUUAUGAAGCUGAUGAUGCCAAUUUUGUAGAGAAUGCGCUGGUUGCACUUUUACCUAAAGAAGAUAUUUUCCCUUACGUUGUUCGUGUCAACUCACAAGUUGUAUGUCAUGAUGGUUCUGCCUCUGCGGCCUCUGUUUGUGGAGUGAGUAUUGCGUUAAUGGAUGCUGGUGUUCCGCAAAGGAAACAUGUGGCAGGCGUUUCAAUUGGUCUAGUAAGGGAAAGAAGUACUCUGCAUGGUUCCCGUUGCCGGAUUUUGACUGAUUUGUCAAGUUCGGACGAGCAGCUAGGUGACAUGAACUUGAAAGUUGCAGGCUCAUGGGAAGGCAUAACUGCAGUUCAGUUGGAUCUAAAUGUUGCUGGAGUUCCUUCAGAGAUUUUAUGCAAGUGCUUAGGACCUGCAUUAAAUACUCACCUUCAGAUCAUCGAUCGCAUGGAACAAGAGAUAAGUUGUUCCUCGCUAUUACGUAGGUUCAAACGUGAUACUCGUGAGGAUACUUUCGAAGAGGCUACAGGUUCAAGAAUUACUAGCUUCGGGAAAAAUGGCAAAAUUACAGUAGUUGCAAUGAAUAAAACAAGUCAUAUACAAGUCCUUAGAACGGUUAAAGAUAUGAAGGGAAUCGAGGUUGAAGUUGAUUACUCAAAAUACUAUGAUGGCUUUGAUGCUGCCCGAGAAUUCUUUGACUCAGGCUAUUGGUCCGAGUCGUCCGACGAUUGCAGCCCGUAUUUUGAAGAACUAGGUCCAUUUGAUGGUUUAGAACCACGUCACGACUCUGAUUAUGACUAUUCUGACGGUUCAGAAUUUUACGAGGAUACCACUUGCACCUAA